UUAAUUCUCAGCUCAUCCCAAAUUAAUUCCCUGCCGGCCCAGAUACCUGGCACCCUACGACGCAUGGCCGCCUCCCGACCGGCGCCCGGUCCUGAUCCUUCUAAUGCUGCGACCCCGAAUUUCGAUUCUUCCCAUAAUCCAGCUCCUUCGGCCCCAGACUUCAGUACUUCCUGAGUUCCCGGAAAUAUGAAAAGCACAUCAGUAAUUGUUUUACAUUUAUGCAGCAUGUUCCUUUUAGGAUGUUCAGACAUUGUAACUUUACAAUAGUCUUCUAGAAUAGCCAUUCAUUUUGAGCGGCAAAACACUGUCCACAAUCUUUUGCUCUUAUAUUCAGAUAGAUAUAAGAGAUAGAUGUAGAGAAUGAAUUAUUCAUCAGUUCCAAUUCAUUCACCGGUCUAGACAAUGAUUCGACUAUCCCUUACAGCCUACAUACCCAUAUUCCAGAUGCACGUUUCACAAUCUUUACUGUUUCAUUCAACUUUUGCUGAAAGACCCAGUCUUUUGUCACCUGAAACCCAAAAUCAUGAAAACUUCGACUCCCAAAAGCACAAAGACUGGCUCAGUCCUACACAAGUGAUCAAAAUUUUCCAUAAUCUGAAAGACCCAUAUUCAGCCUUGAAUCUGUGGACACAAAUCUCAAAACGAAAAGACUACAGCCCUAGUGAAGCACUCUACUCAGCGGUCAUCAACAAGCUUGCCAAUUCCAAGAACUUUGACGCAAUUGACACCCUUAUGGAAAGAAUCAAAUGUGAGAGAAAAUGCAGGCUUUCCGAUGAGUUUUUCUACGAGGUGAUCAAGAUCUAUGGGAAUGUAGGUGGAAGAAUAAACAGAGCCACAUCUACCCUCUUUGAUAUGCCUAAUUACAAGUGUUGGCCGAGUGUAAGAACAUUCAAUUUUGUUCUGAACUUGCUCGUGAACACAAAGCAGUUUGAUGUUGUUCACGAAGUGUUUUUGGGUGCCUCGAAGUUGGGUAUCGAGAUAGAUGCAUGUUGCUUGAAUAUCAUCAUAAAGGGCUUAUGCAACUGUGGGAAACUCGACAGUGCAUUCCAAGUGCUUGAAGAAUUUCCUAAGCAAAAUUGUAGGCCUACUGUGAGGACUUUUUCAACAAUUAUGCGCGCACUCUGUGAUCGCGGUUGCGUUGAGGAUGCAUAUGGGUUGUUGGAGAGGAUGGGAAAGGAAGGAGUGGAUCCGGAUACAAUCACAUUUAAUAUCUUGAUUUCGGGACUUAUGAAGCAAGGGAGAGUUGAAGAGGGGAUUGAGGUUUUCAUGAAGUUGAUGAACAAAGGUUGUGAUCCAAACGGGGGGACUUUUCAGGAGGUGUUGUAUGGGCUUCUCAGUACCAAAAGGUUUGUUGAUGCCAUAGGCUUUAUGGGAAUGAUGAUUGAAAAAGGAGAGAAUCCGAGUUUCAAGUCGUAUAAAUUGGCUAUUCUUGGCCUGUGUGAUCAAAAUCUAACUGCACAACUCGACUGGCUACUAAAGCAAAUGGUUAGGCAUGGGUUUGCACCAACAAUGGGGAUGUGGAAAAGGAUGGUCGAGUGCCUGUUGCUACAUUCCGAUCAUUGACUGAUUGACUCCUGUAGAAGCUUUGAACGUUUUUUCCAAAUUAUUAUUAUUAUUGAUUAUUGUUGUUAUUAUUUUUAUUAUUAUUAUUAUGAUUAUCAUAAUCAUCAUCAUCGUUGUACAUAUUGAAGAGCAGUUUCCAAUUAAGAAUUACUACGUAAGAUGGAUGGCAACAAGUUUUCGCUUUAUCUGAUUUGCCCUUUUAUCUCUUGAUCCUCAAAGAUUGAGAACAGUAUUGUUAACUCAAAUGCAACCUCUUCUUCAGUCAUUAAUUUGGCCAAUAACAAGUUUUCUGGUGAAAUACCCUUCUUCGGACAAGGGCAUAUGGGUGGAAGAAUGUAAGAGUUCUUGUUCCUGAAAGGACAAGGGCAUAUGGGUGGAAGAAUGUAAGAGUUCUUGUUCCUGAAAGGGGUUGGGUUGAGGAUGGAUUUGCAGUUUUUGGGUGUGAGUUGCAAUUGUUGUGGAGAUGUAAGUUUCAGGUCCUUGAGGCUUGAGCCUGGUAUUAGAGCAAAAGUCCAAUUGGUGUUCAUACUUUGACAACUUAGCUUUGUUCUCCCAUGCUGUUCUUUUGUUGUAUUCACACUGCACUAUGUUGUUUCUUCCUUUAUACCGAGUAUUUGUUGGUUUUUUCUUUUCAUUCUGAGAUGCUUAUUUCCUAUAUAGUCACAUACUCAUGGAUUCUCCUAAAGCAUGUACUUUUAUUUCAUUUUUUGUGCCUUUGCGCCUUUGCGG